GCAGAGCAAAGCAGAGAGCAUCAGGGCAGGGAGUUAGGGAGUGAACCGAGUAAGCCGAGUAAACCGAGUAAACGAGAGUGAGAGCAGUUGUGGUCAGUUGAAGGUGGUUUUUUUUAACGUAUCGUGUCAUAUUAUUAUACAGCGUAUAUACUUAUAUAUACUACCCAUUAUUCAUUGUUUCCUAACAACUUGUGAUUAAAUCAUACACGAUGACGUCGUUUGUAACAUUUAUUCUUCUCGUUGGUUUUAGUACAUCCGUUGUUUAUGGAAGAAUGGAUUGUUCAUUCGGUACAAGCAAUAAUGCUUUUGACAAAUUUGUCAAUAGUUGCCCUCCAAUAAUAGGAGACCAAUCCAAGGAAUACUGUUGCUUGAAUACAAAUGCCGAAUUUUAUUGCUGUGACGCACAAGAAUUUGCACUUAGAACAGGACUAGGAAUAAUUAUUCCUGCUAUAAUCGCUGUAAUUGUUGUGGUGACGUUCUUUGUCUUGUGUAUUUCAUGUUUGUGCUGCAGUUGUUGUCCAUGGUACAAAAGACGCCACCGUGGAACCGUCUAUGGAAGAGUUCAACCAGGUGUAGUAGUAGUCCAUCCGGGGAGUAAUCCAAUGCCAAACCAAACCAUUCAUACUAUUUAUCCUCCAUAUCCCGCUUCAAAUCCUCAAGUAUCAGCAUCGGCAUAUCAAGGACAACCACCACCUUAUACUGCCGAGCCGUACGCCAAGCAAGCGCCAUAUAACCCAAACUAUCAACAUCAGUAAUAGUUAAUCACUCUGAAUCGUUGCCCUAUCAUGUGAUGGAUAAUUUUUAUUCUGGUGGUCAUUUAACAGCAGAAUAUAAGUGUACAAUGAUUGAUGAUAUAACAGGAAGCUGAGAACAAUAUACUACUACUAUUACUGCUGUUGCUAGUAUAAUUAAUUAUAAUGCUCCAGCUUCUUUUUUUUUCAACGAAUUAUAAAAUCUAAAAAUUUAUUUUUUACAUAUAAAUAUCAAAUAUACUAAACUAAACUAUC